CAUUUAAUCGGAAAGAGGAGGACCAGGUAUCUUCGGUGGUGGGCCACCCGAAACUGAUUAAGCUGGAGGAGAUUGUCCUGGACCACUUCCAAAAUUUUGGAAAAAGCGGCGAAGGUGCAGAGACGAGGGUCAUGAUCUUCUCCCAAUACCGUGACAGCGUCAAGGAGAUCUCGUCGUACCUGAACCGGCACAGGCCCCUCAUCAAGGCCAUGAACUUCAUGGGUCAGAACCAGAAGACUGGAACUGCCAGGGGCUUCACUCAAAAGGAACAACUCCUGGUGGUGAAGAGGUUUCGUGACGGCGGCUACAACGUGCUGGUGUCGACGUGCGUGGGCGAAGAGGGCCUGGACAUUGGGGAGAUCGACCUGAUCGUCUGCUACGACGCGCCCAAGAGCCCCAUCCGCCUGGUGCAGCGCAUGGGACGCACAGGGCGCAAGCGCGCCGGACGCAUUGUGGUGCUGCUCUCCGAGGGAAAAGAGGAGCAGGCUUAUCGGGAGAGCAACUCCAAGAAGCAGACCGUCCACCGUGCCAUCCUGAAUGGUGGGCGGCUGGGCGGCCUGUACCAGGGUGCCCCGACCAUGGUGCCGCGGGGGAUCACUCCCUCCUGCCACCGCAUGUUCAUGACAGUGCCCGAGUAUCGCCCUGCCGGUGGCUCCAAGACUGCCUUGCACGGAGGGCAACUUCCCAUCACGAGCCUUCUCUUGGCCGGCAAACGGGGCAAGGAGGGCGGCGUGCUCACGAGGCAGGAGCAGCUUUACUACGAGGCUCACUUCGAAGUCGCCGAGUCGGCAAUUCCGACUGUGCCGACCGUUUCGACGAGCUUCGUCACGCUUCGUGGAGCCACGACGCCCGAAUCGGACAAAACAGCUCCGAGACGUCCCGCCCUCUCCCUAUCCAGCUGGACUCCGUGGCAGAACAGCUUCCAGCCAACACUGCGCGUGUCUCACUCACGGAAGACCGACGACUAUGUACAUGUGAUGCAGUUCAUUGAGAACCUACGUCUAACUGACGACCGCAUGGACGCGUACGGCCUUGAAAUGAAGACCUUCUUGCGGAUGGAGGACGUGACGUCCGACUCGGAAGCCGACAACCAUCUCGACGACGAAGACGAUGGAGACGUAGCUCCGAGAAAGAAGGGCGGGAAGAAGCGGGUCGGCUUGGGAAGCGAUGAUCCGUCGGAGCGAUGUGGCGUUUCGAAGAAGGGAAAAGUUCCGUCAAAAAAACGAAAGGACUGCGAUGUCUCAGGCGUCGGCUCGGACUUGCCAUCCAGUUCGCUCGGAAGCGACGGAGCUGCUUCGGGCAUGCACAAGACGAAGAAGAAGAAAACAAUCACGGACUUCUUCAAGGAGAAGCCGGAACCGGACGAUUUGUUGCUGAGAGCUUCAGCGGAGGAGACGGAUUUCGUCAAGGUUGUUGAAAGUCGGGACGACGGUCGGUGCAGCAUUGUCACUUUGGAGGAACUCUUCCGGCUUUCUCCAGCGCGAGAGUGUGAGGACUGGCUCGGGCGGACCGCGGAUGCGCCGAGAGUUGAAGUGCGGACGCCGCCCACCUUGGAGGCCGACGUGCUUCCAGCCACCGAAGGUCCUUGGUCGCCGGUCGACAUUGGGAAAGCGUUGGGCCACGAUGCGCCGCAUGAGAGCGACGCCGUGCUUUCGAGCUGCGAGCGUUCGUUGUUUUUCCUCGACGUUGCAGACGACUUGAAUCUGGGAAGUCCGUCCCGGAUUGACGCUGGAGUCGGGUCGGUGUUAGCAAGAUCGGUUGACAGGGAGCUUUUCGACGUGUGCGAGAAAGCGGGUCGAAGCGCCAGAACCGAUCGUGCUCUGGUUGCUGGUACAACUAGGGGCUCCAGGACCUGGAGUUCGAAGCUGGAGCUGGAUAGUGACCUUGAGGACAUGUUGGGCGAGGACUGUUUCGAAGACAUGAGCUGGUCGUGCAACAGGACGGAUGAUAUCGGUGGCGAUGCUGAACCCGCUGGGGAAAGUGUUGCAGAAGACGUUGCAGGCUCAAAGGUGAACAGCCGAGAAGUUGAACCGGAAAUUCCCGUGACGGCUCUUCCACGGCUCUUGGACGCAGUUUCACACUCCACUCCCUGCAAGCCCAUGCCAGGCCCUUCUGGGAGCAAUGUUAAACCACGUAGCAUGGCCUUCAUCGCUUCGCCCGAAGUCUUCUGCGGCCCGUCCCCCAUCCGGAACGUCGAAGUGCAGAGCAAAACUGACACCUGGGACCUUCUAGAUGACAGCGACGCUGAAUUGUUCCAGGACCUUUCGGACGGCCAGGACGACGUCGAGACUGACAAGGCAGAAGACGAAGACGACGACCCUGAAAACCUGGGAAUGACCGAACUCUGCGCCCUCCUCGACCAGGAAUCCACUCUCCCGAACGAGGUGGCACUGCCCAAAAUCUCGAAGUCGGUUUCUUCUAAUGUUGCCAAUCUGUGCCAGUCACGAGUCCAAUCAUUCCCAGCCGAAGUGGUGCCAACCAAACGCUUAAACUCAAUUUUGUCCGGAGUUGCCGAUCCGUGCCAAUCACAAGUCCAAUCACUCCCAACCGAAACGGCACCUGCACCCAAGAUCUUGAGGCCAGUUUCGUCCGGAGUUGCCGAUUGGUGUCAAUCACAGGUCCAAUCAUUCCCGACCCAGGCAGCACCACCCGAGAUCUCAAAGACUGUUUCAUCUGUAGUUGCUGCUCAGUGCCAAUCCCGAGUCCAGCCACUUGCGCCCAAGGUGGUGCCACGUGAAAUCUUGAAGCCGGUUUCGUCCGGGGUUCGCGAUCGGUGCCAAUCACGAGUUCCAUCACUCCCGACCAAGGUGGCACCACCCAAGGACUCGAAGCCGGUUUCGUCCAGAGUCGCUCAUCCAUGCCAAUCACCAAUUGGGCAAAGGGACCCAACAAAAGAGGCCCGCCCUCGGAGAAGUCUGUCCUCAACGUUUGCCACCUUGCCCGUGGCGAACCGUACCGGUGAGACUUCAGUGCGCAGUCGUCCAUCGUUCGAGCUGCUGGUCGAUUUGGAGGAUCUCGGCUUUAGUUCAGACGAGUCCACUUCUGCCAUCUCCAAGAAGGAGACCGACCACGAUCGCCCGCCCGUGUUGGCCGUGGGAUUGAGCCGCGAGUUGCCGCCAUCAAGAGGACGGCUGUCAUCGAAACAAAUACCUGUGGCUUUAGUCAAGCCGAUGGUGGCAACACAAGAGAGGGGACCUGUUGUCAUUGUCAGCUCCGAAGAAGAGAGCCCCGUUCGAGUGAGACGGAAAGUGGCACGACGGAGGGCUGUUCUGUCGGAUACGUCAUCGCCGGACUCCGACGUACCGUCACCGUCAAAGAAGGUGAGCAGCAAAGCACGGAAGCACAAGGCGCCAAAGCGAGGGCUCGAAAGCAGUGAUGACGACUUUCAAGGACACGAGGUCAAGGGACGAGCGCAGCGCAGUCUUUCGCUGAGCUCCACCGUCCAGAGGGACCCGCAGUGCUCUGGAGAGAAGCAGAGGAAAGAUCCGUCGAGGAGGAAAGAGAAAGGAAGGUCGAAGGAACCGGCGGCAAGAAAGGAGCAGAACAAUGUCAAUCAGUUUAUAGAACGGGAGGCGGACGUGUCGGCGGACGUCGUUCACUCCAGCGACGAGUCUGAGAACAGCAGUCUGGACGCCUUGGACGAUAGCUUCAUUGACGACCAGACUCAAGCUCCAAACAAGAGCCUGUACCUGCACGCCAUGCGGAGCCCCAUUGGCGUUGGCCGGUUCAAGCUAAGUCACCGCGCCGAGGCGCACGAAAUCAACGUCUACUCCCAGGCCGUUUCGGAGGACGAGGCAGAUUACAUCUGCGACAGUUUCUGCGUUCGUAACUCCGACCCAGACUGCCUCUCUGAACCGGAAGACAACGUCGAGGAACGUUGUAUAACACGAAGACGCAAGGAAAAGAAGACGAAGCGCCAAAAGAGGCAGAAACACGUUUCAAUCAGCGACGAGGACGACGAGGACGAGGCGUCUGUUUUUGGGACAAAAGUGAAUACGAGCUCCAUGAUCGACACCUCGGACUGCCACAUCGCAAGACCGACGCCAGCAGACGACAGGCUACAAAGCGAGGACGCUAUUCUACCAUCGAGGAUUCGACAUCCAGAAUCGCCAAGGGCGUCUGCCAAUGCGGGGCAGUCGUCGAGGUCGUCGGAUCUUGCGCACGACUCGGCGACGAUCAGCAGGGAGCGACGCCUCAACUUACAGAGGCUCAAGCAAGACGAAUUUCGUCAGAAGCACCUGAAGGAGCAGUCCUUGCGGAAGGGCGAAACAUCCAGCACCAGCGCACGUCUGGAAAGGUUGCCGACGGGCAGCACGUCGUCUGUCUCGGAGGAAACCAAAAGUGGGGACGUCUCCAUUUUCGUGGAUAGCCGGGUCAUUGCUUCGGGACCGGCUCUCGUGUCGAUGCUGCGAGCGAAGCAGGGGAUAAACGUCCACGUGCACGCGCUGGAGGUUGGUGACUUCCUAGUUAGCCGACGGACGUGCGUGAUCCGCAAGUCGUGGAUCGACUUUGGCAACAGUCAGAACCAAGCGCGACUCGUGGACGAAGUGCGGCGGCUGUUCGAGCUUUACGACAGGCCCUGCGUCAUCCUGGAGAGGUUGGAGCGCUCCAAGCCGGGCGAGCGAACCUUCAGGCGGACCAAGUACUUUGACUUCACCCUGAUGUCCCUGGUGUCAACUCACGCCAAGGUGCUGUUCUCGUACUCUCAAGAGGAAACGGCAGAUCUCCUGUUGACGUUGGCACAGAGGGAACAGCAGAAAGGCAUGGCCCUGGCAUCGAUUCAUUGCCUCAGAGACAAAAAUGAGGCUGUGCAGUUCUACCUAAGCGUUCCAAAGGUCAGCUUGGCUACGGCACUCAAUUUUGCUGCCGGGUUUAGGUCCAUCACCGAAUUUCUCAACAGUUCCGUCGAGCGGGUGCAGGAGGUCGGCAAGACCACGAGGAGUCGUGCCAAGGACAUUGUGGACUUCUGCAACACUUCCGGUGUUGCCUGACACUUGCUGUCCCAAACUCUGUGAUACUCUCCUUGUACAGCUGGAAGUUUUAGGUUUUUCUCCUCGGCGAAGACGGGAGAUUUUGUACAUAUAUAGAAGUUGUAACUUUUUGAUAAUUUAUGAAGGCGGGAUAAAUCGAAACAUCCACAGAACAAAUGUGCGUGUGUUGUUAUCUAAGAGUAUUAUAUUAUGGAAAAAUAUAAUUAAUAGGCUGACCUUUAGAUUUGUGUUGGAGUGUGUCGAGAGUCAGCAUGACGAGGGAUCUUCAUGCGUCACAAAUCGUGUGCUUGCUGUUUGAAAGAUGUGUACAAUAAAAAAAGUAUUUUUA